GAUAAGAUGAAUUGGGAUAAGACGAAUUGGGAUGAAACGAAUUGGGAUACGAUGAACUGGGGUAAGAUGAAGUGGUUCUCUCCUGGAUGUAAUGAGUAUUCUUAUGGAAAUCGAAGCAGAUAUUGCAAAACUUUCAGCUAUAUCUGCUUGGGUAUAACGAUAUAACAACGGAGUUUUGGAGUUAUAGUUAAGUUAGUGAGCAACCAAUUUAUUCCUAAUUUGAAAUUCUCAUAAUCCGAUAGGAUUGCUGGCCUUUCUACCCGACUACUCCGUAGAGAUGGAAAGGUUUCAUCAUGAUUGUGGGAUAAGGAGCCACCAAUAUGAAAACCUUGGCGUACGUCACGCCACAUCUUGGUGGUGCCAGGCACGAAACCCCGCCAACAACCAACAACGACCGCAAAGGAAAGGAGAGGAAAACAAAUAUAACUUCGACUUUUGACCUCAACUAUGAAGAGAUAUAUACUAUUGCUUGGAUAAAUAUAACGAAAGGUUUUGGAUACCACGGCCGGGAAAGAGAGCGACUGUUGAGAGUAACGGUCGAAUGACUACCAGUAGGGAUUAUCAGAAACCAACAACCCCACAUCCACCAUCGUCCCCUCAACCAACUAUCACGAAAUACCACUAAACAACCUCACACCUUUCACAUCACCAUCUACAUCCUCAAACCCUAAAAAACCACCACAGCUGCAACAGCAAUAAUGACAGAAACCGCCUCCCAAAUGGAUACCACUACCGGCCCCCUCGCCUCCGGCUCCCCAACACCCACAGCCCUCAUCUCACCCCCCACACCCACAUCUGGGACAUCGACACCGGACAUGCCAGGCACACCAACCUCAACAACAACCUCCCUCUCCACCCUCUCCACAACAGCCAUCAAAGACGGCCACCGCGGCACCCACCCCCCAGCCCAAGACGCCGAGCGUGAUGACCGCAUCUCCCGUCUCACCGGGAUGUCCAGCCUACGCCACUCCGGACCACGAGUCCUCUCCACCGUCGGCAGCGCGAGCGCCACGAGCGCCGGGGGCGGGCGCGGCAACGAGGAUACCGGGUCAGUAGGCGGCUCAGCGGCCGGGGAAAGGGGCGAUGGUGAUGAAAGUGGGGUAGAGAGCGCGACGGGUGAGGGAACAUUGAGUUUGGCGGGGAGUCAGGAGGGGGCGGGCAGGGAGGCGGAGAGGAUCGUGAGGAGGCUUGAUGGGAGGGGGUGGGGAACCAGCGGGGGGGAGGGCGAUGGGGAGUCCGGAGGGGGAGGGGCUGGGGAGGUUUUAUUUCGAGGAUAA